ACGCUGGAGGUACGCGCAGCAGACAUCCAACUCGGAUCGUAUCCGAUUCUGGUCCAUAUAAAGCCCUCUGCCGAUGGCUGGGAGCCAAACAGUUGUGGCCGGGCCACUUGGCAGAUAUCAACUUCGGGAACAGGGACUGGGACAGUAUCGCAUCCAAGAGCACUCCACUCAUGGGCACCGAAUCGGGAAUCAUGUGGCGGAACAGGGAGAGGAGGUUCCUGUUGCCCAGCCUGCUGCUGCUCAUCCUCAUGAUCGGCAGUGUCCAGGCCUCCAUGAAGCUGUGCGGCAGUAAACUACCCGAGGCCCUCUCCAGGCUCUGUGUUUAUGGCUUCAAUGCGAUGACCAAGCGCACUUUUGACCCCAUGAACUUCAACCUUGUGGAAGCUGGAUCCCUUGACUUGGGCUUCGAUGACCGCUCCCUGCUCGAAAGGCUGUUCCUCGAUGGUUCCGCCCAGAUGCUAAAAACACGACGUCUACGCGAGGGAGUCUUCGAUGAGUGCUGCCUGAAGUCCUGCUCGAUGGAUGAACUCCUAAGAUAUUGUGCCUCGAAGCCCAAAACGUGAACCCCCAUUAACCCACCGACGACACCUAAGAUUACUCAAAAGAUACGAUCCGCCUGGGAACAACAGACACGUACUCGUAGUUGAUAAGUCGUUAUUGAAGCUUACUCAAUUCCAGCCUUGGAUAUGAUAUAUAUGCACAUGUGAAUGGGAUGUAUGCGCAUAAUUUAUGAUCGGAAAUCAGAGACAGACACGCGAAAUGAAUCGGAACACGGGAUGUUAUGCAUGUAGAUAUGGUUGAACAGGGCCUGAAUACAUCGCCUGGGUAUAAAUUAUUAAAUAAAUUAUGUAUUCAAACUGCUGCAGAUUGGCCAACUUGAUUGGUAAUUAAACGGGUAUUACAUUGAUUUUUCA